ACUAGAAUAUGGGCCUUUAGCUUCCCUUUUUUUAACCCAUUUUAUAAAAAGGGAAGCUAAAGGGUGUGAGAACACCCACCAGAUUCGAAAUUGACAUUUAGAGGCGGUUUUUUGGUAAAAACCGUAGGUAUAUAUAUUAGUAAACCCUAUCCCGUCGGUUGGAAAUUGGGAUUUUUUAAGGGUUGUGGGAGACCCUAUGCCGUCGGUUCCUAGCAAAGAACCGACGGCAUAGGUGCACACUUUAUUGACACGUGUGCACCUAUGCCGUCGGUUCUUUGCUAGGAACCGACGGCAUAGGGUCUCCCAGAGUAUAACCUCUGCAUCGUCUUCUUCUUCCUCACUUCUUCUUCUCCAGCAUAUACCCAGCCACUUCUACAGCAGAGAAAACCCACGAAAACCCUCGCCAACCACCUCUAAAAACCCACAUAUCUCUCUCAUUUCUUCACCAUUUCACCUCAUUUUUGUCUUAAAAGUUUCUAUUUUCAAUAUCUAAUCCCAUACACUAAAAAAGUUUUGUUUUUUCACCCAUUUACACUGUACCCGAACCUAUUUUAAAAAAAAGUGGUGGUUUAACUCCGACCACCGGUUUUAGCGGAGAAAUCGUUCAAUCUCAACGUUCAUUAAGGUGGCCGGAUUUUUGGUCGCAAUUUGUCGCCGGAUUGCGUUUAUAAGGUUGUGUGCUAAUAUUUGAGAGUCGAUCGACAUAUUUCGGUGUUGAUCGGAUUUGCAAUAGAUAUGGCCAACUCGAGUUCGGGAUCUGAUUCAGACCCAGAGGCAGAGUGUCCAACCACAAUACCUACACGAGGGCCGACGCAAAUGAAUGAAAUAUCCAAACUAAUGGAUCAGGGCAAAAGAGUGGCCCUCGAAGUUAAUGAUAAAGGUCAAUACUGUGGAAAAAGCUAUGCGAAGCUCGUAUCCACUCUAGGAGUCAGAUGUCGGCAGACAAUAGGGUUGGCUUAUAAAAACUGGAAAGAAGUCAACCCGACUCUGAAAAAUAAAGUUUGGAAAGACAUUCAGACGGGGUUCAUUGUGCCGGACACCUUCAAACAUGAUUGUCUCAUCCUAGCUGGGAAGUUAAUGAAAGACUUCAAGAAUAGGAUGACAAAAGACAUCAUAAUGCCCGCGUUGAAAGAGAAUGAUCUGGGACGACUGGCACAAGUCCCUGAAAAGCACCCCGAGAUCGACGCUGCUGAUUGGUGCAAAUUUGUUGAAAGUCGACUAACUCCUGAAUUUCUGGAAUUGAGUAAGGUGCAACGUGAACGUUCCUCAAAAAUUCAAUCCAGACAUCGAAGUGGUCGGAGUGGAAUGGUGAACGUACGGGAAGUUGUGGUAAGUAAUACUUAAAAUUUAAUGUGCUAUAAUGUGCUAUACAAUUUAAUUGGUACUCAUUUCAUUGUUAUAACGUUAUGUAGAAAAAAGACCUCGAAGUUGCAGAUCCCCCCCGCCACCGUGUUUGGAUUAAAUCUCGCACCAAGAGUAGAAAACUUGUCACUGAUUACGACAAGGAAAUUGCAGAGAAGAUAGUAAGUAUAUAUUAAUCCUUAAUUGAGUUCUACUCAUGAGUUAGUGUAUAUAAUUCAUAUACUAAUUGCUUGAAUAUAUGCGUGCAUUAGGCUCAAUUAG